GUAGUCCAACAGGAAGAAGAAGAAGAUGACACAGCCGGUCACUGCGCAUGUGCAGCAGCCGUAUGGCGGCGUGUUUUACGGCAGUGAAUCCGUGUCGUGAGUCGUUUUAUCCGGCUGAGACUCGACCGGACCGGACCGACCGAACAUGGCUCAUCUGACCCAGAACCCCGCCGACAAAGAGAGGUUCAUCUGCCUCUACCCGAUCUACAUCAACAGUAAGAAGACUCUGGCUGAAGGACGGAGGAUCCCAUCAGAGAAGGCGGUGGAGAACCCGUCAUGUGCCGAGAUCAGAGACGUGCUGACGGCCGCCGGGAUGAACGUCUACGUGGAGAACAAAAUGCACCCCAGAGAGUGGAACAGAGACGUCCAGUUCAGAGGUCGAGUCAGAGUUCAGGUGAAGCAGGAAGACGGGAGCUUCUGUCUGGAGAAGUUCACGUCCCGUAAAGACGUGAUGUUCUAUGUAGCAGAGAUGAUCCCUAAACUCAAGACGAGGACCCAGAAGAGUGGAGGAGGAGACGCCAGCUCUCAGCAGGGAGAAGGAGGAAAGAAGAGCAAGAAGAAGAAGAAAUAGACGCAAAGAAAUUAACUUUUUUUCCUUUUUUAUAAUUCAUUUUAAAUAUGAGGUCAGAAUCUGAAGAGGCAGUUUUCUUGAUGUUUCCUCUUUAACUGUUUAUGUUUCCAUUGAUGGUCCCUGAACGCCUCUCAGGUCUUUAUUUAGUUUCCUCCACAAGACCAAUAAACAAGUUCACUUCUCAAAGAAA